AUGUCUGCGAGCUUCAAGGACAAUCUCCUGGAUCUGCUUGAAGGAAAAAUAGAUUUCGAAGGACAGAGACAGGUUGAGAACAUCGCCAAGUUUGCCUUGAUUGCAGCGGCGGUUUUCUCAUUCAUAGUUGGAGUACUGUUUCAGUCUCUCAGUGUCACCUUUGGCAUCUUCGGUGUCGCUGCCUUCGUUCUGUUGCUGGUUGUCUUGCCGCCAUGGCCCAUGUAUAACCGUCAUCCGGUGACAUGGCUUCCCGCAAAGGAGUCACAACCUCCAUCAUGA